CUUGUUUCCUGCACUCAUGCUCGCAGUACAGCAGCCAGUUCCUAUCCCGGACGUCCUGUCUGUACCGUCCAAUGCACCAGAACAUUGUCCAGGGACUGAGUCUGAGCUCGCAGGCAAGGCAGAUGCCUGCGCAGGAUGCGCGAACCAGGAAAUAUGUGCCUCUGGCCAGACAAAAGGCCCAGACCCCGCCCUCCCGUUCAUACGACAGCGUAUGUCCAGCGUAAAGCGGAAGAUCCUGGUGCUGUCUGGGAAGGGCGGAGUCGGCAAAUCUACUUUCACCGCUCAGCUCGGUUGGGCAUUUGCAGCAGACGAGCAGUUGCAGACAGGCAUCAUGGACGUCGACAUUUGCGGCCCGUCCAUACCCACCAUCCUCGGCAUCGCGUCCGAGCAGGUGCACUCGUCGUCUUCCGGCUGGUCGCCGGUCUACGUGCAGGACAACCUCGGCGUGAUGUCUGUCGGCUUCAUGCUACCAUCUGCCAAGGAUGCGGUCAUGUGGCGCGGGCCGAAGAAGAACGGGCUCAUCUCGCAGUUCCUCAAGGACGUCGACUGGGGCGAGCUCGACUACCUCGUGAUCGACACGCCGCCGGGCACGUCCGACGAGCACCUCAGCAUCGUGCAGUUCCUCAAGGAGAGUGGCAUCGACGGCGCAGUCGUCAUCACGACCCCGCAGGAGGUCGCGCUGCAGGACGUGCGCCGCGAGAUCGACUUUUGCAGAAAGGUCGGCAUCCGCGUGCUCGGUCUCGUCGAGAACAUGUCUGGGUUCGUGUGCCCGAGCUGCAAGAAUGAGUCGCAGAUAUUCAAGCCCAGCACGGGCGGCGGGCGCAGACUGGCGCAGGACAUGGGCGUCGACUUCCUCGGUGCCGUACCUCUGGACCCUCGUAUCGGGAAGAGUGCAGACUACGGCGUGAGCUUUCUGGAUGAAUACCCCGAUAGUCCCGCAAGCACAGCAUACUUGGACAUCAUAGACAAACUCAAAGCUAAACUUGGAGACUGAGGGACCAUCAUCCCAUGUUGCAUCGCCCAUUAGUUGUAUUCAUUCACUUUUCGCAUCCACUAUUUGCAUACCAUCAACUUGUUCAUGUAGCGUAUUCACUGAGUAUGAUUAGCCCAUCAGUCUAUGUACAAUGGGACAGGAAUGCAGGUCUAUGUA